UCGCUAUUUUAUAGAGAUCCUAUAUCAUUGUUUGUUUACAAAGGUUUGGACAUUAUAUGGUCGGAAAACUUAUAAUCUUCAAUAUGGCCGAGAGAAUGGACUGGAACCCUCUGGGACAGAAAACAAUCAGAAAGUUUUCGCUGUACAGCCCUAUGUGCUGGAGCACCAAAAUUGACUUUUCAAGCAAUUUAACCUCAAUCUCAAAGUAUGGUGGACUUAUAGCCACAGUUAAAGAUGAAUCACAGUCAAAUAGGACCGGAAAUCGACCGGACAUUUUCAUCUUUAAUGCAGCAGGGAAAAUAAUUUCCUCCUUCAGAUGGAGCAGUGGCAUAUUGAUUGGAAUUGCUUGGACACAUGCAGAUGAACUGUUAUGUCUUCAAGAUGAUGGACAAGUUUUGUUGUAUAACAUGUUUUGGGACUUCCAGAAGUCGUUCACUAUGGGCAUGGAAUGUCGUGAAAACAAAAUAAUGGAAUACGAAGUUUUCUCCAGCGUUCAUGGGACAGGGUUAGCCGUUAUGAAUGGGCUUUACAGAUUCUGUAUUGUUAAUAACAUUGAAGAACCAAAGGUUCGCAUACUAGCUGACAUACCAGGGUUGCGUGCCACACCCCCAAGCAGCUGGUGUGUGGUUCAAGGUCCAAGGGGGGCAAAAGUACUUGCUGCAAAUGAAUGUAAUAUUUUCCUACUUGACCACAGUGGACAAUGCUCGCAACAGAAACCCACAGAUUUGAAUGCUGCUCCUAAUGCAUAUAUUGCUAUGGCAACUUCAAUGGAUGGGAAACAUGUGGCUUUGUAUGCAGACACGGGAACCAUAUGGAUUGGAUCGGCAGAUUUUCAAGAUAAAUACUGUGAGUUCAAUACAAGUAACAGAAGUCGGCCGAAACAGCUCCUAUGGUGUUCGGAUAUCCUUCAUACAGCUAGAAACGAAACCUUUGGCUCAGGGGGUUAUCGUAACAUUGCAGUUGUCGUAUACUGGCCCAAAACUAUCCUCGUGGUCAGCCCUCAAAAAGAUUGGGUUCGUUUUAAUGUGGAUGAAGACAACCUCGACAGAAAUGGCACCGGUUCGGCGGUCUUGGCUGCCGAUGUGGACGGCGUGCAUAUCGUGACAUCAGAAAGGCAUGAAUUCCUACAGCAUGUACCAAAUGCAAUUUCUGGGAUUUUUAAAGUUGGUUCAAUGGCACCAGGGGCUUUACUUAAUGAUGCAGCCAAAGAAUAUGACAAACAAAGUGAGAAAGCGGAUGAAUAUCUUCGUAUAUUGCUUGAGAAUCGUCAGUUAAAGGAAGCAGUGGAGCAAUGCACUCUCGCUGCACUCGAUGAGUUUCAACCUCGCAUUCAGAAGACCCUUCUUAGGGCUGCUUCCUUUGGAAAAUCUUUUGUUCCAGAUAUUAAAUUGACUGAAUUAUUCGUAAACACUUGUCAGAUGCUGCGUGUGUUAAACGCAGUGCGUGACUUCAAUACUGGAAUCGCAUUAACUGCUGCACAAUUGGAGAAUUUAUCAAUGGAUUAUUUGAUAGAUCGAUUAAUCUUAAGAAGGCAGUUCCAUCUUGCAUUUCAUGUUUGCCAAUAUCUUAAAAUCCCUGAAAAACAAGGAUCUAGCAGAAUAUUGUCGCACUGGGCUUGCUACAAGGUUCAACAAAAAGACGUGGAUGAUGGUAAAAUAGCUGCAGCCGUUCGUGACAAACUUAAAUCAGCACGAGGUGUCUCGUAUGCAAAUAUUGCUGAAAAAGCCGUGGAGUGCGGUAGGAGGGACCUUGCCAUUAAGCUUUUAGAGUUUGACCCAAGAGCAUCUGAGCAAGUCCGCUUGCUGUCUUUGCUCGGCAAGCACACACUUGCGCUAGAGAAAGCAGUAGCAAGCGGAAAUACAGACCUCAUAUACUCUGCUAUUGCUCGACUGCGAGAACGGACGAGUCUAUCGGAUUUCUUGGUGGCGAUCAGACAACAACCUGUAGCGUACAAACUGCAUUUAAAGUAUUGCAAGGAGCAAAAUGAGAGAAUGUUGAAAGAUCUUCAUGAGCAAGAGGAUAAUUUCAUUGAGUUGGCUCACUGUCACAUCCAUGAUAGUUUUGAUACCUUCAGAUCGGAUGAAAGAGUUAUCUCACUUCACUCUGCUUUGGAUAACUUCACUAAAGCUAAGGAUGAUUUUGGAAUGAAGAUGACAGAAGAACAACUUCAGUUGCUAAGAGAGCAAAGCCAACUUGAACAAGAACUUGAUGAAAGUUUUAUAGAAAAAUCUCUUCAUGACACGAUCUGUAGCCUUCUCAAAAUAAACCAAUUAAAACGAGCGGAACACCUCAGAAAACAAUUUAAACUGUCAGACAAAAGAUGGUGGUGGCUAAGAAUCACAGCAUUAGCAGAGCAGGGUAAUUUUGCAGAGCUUGAAAACUUUUCAAAGAGCAAGAAGUCUCCAAUAGGUUACUAUCCCUUUGUGGAAGUAUGUAUUCAACAUAAUGCAUACACUGAAGUGACCAAGUAUAUUGGGAAAGUACAGCUUGAUAAAAGAGUACCAGCCUUCUUAAAGAUUGGGUAUGCAAAUUUUUGUAUAAUUUUUAUAAACUUACAACUAAGGAUAGUACAGUGGUUUAAUAAUUUAAAGUAAAAAGUUCCAAACUACAAUAGUUUUGUAAUAAACCAAAACAACGAAAAACUUAAGUAAGUAUAGUUUUAUACUUUUGUAGUUUAGUAGUAAUUAAUGAAUAAAAAACAGUACUAGAUUCCAGUAGUUUUAAACUUGAAAACAUAUAACAUUGUUCUUUUUCAAAAACACAGGAGCAUCAAGCAUGCUGCAGAAGCUGCAAUGCAAACCAAAAGCUUGUCAGAUUUAGAUGCAGUACUCAAGAAGUGUGGUGCCGAACACAGAGACAUAGCUGAUCGUGUACGCGCUAUGAUGAUGCAGCUCAC